AUGGAAGCUAAAAAAUUCCGAACGCAGCAGCACAUCGCUCCCAGGAGAAACAUCACCACACAUCACACCGGGGCUGCAGAGUGUGUGAGCAUCAUGACUCUGCAGAAUGGGAGCACCCACCGGUCCUCAGCACCCACCGGUCCUCAGCACCCAUCGGUCCUCAGCACCCAUCGAUCCUCAGCACCCACCGGUCUUCAGCACCCAUCGAUCCUCAGCACCCACCGGUCUUCAGCACCCAUCGGUCCUCAGCACCCACCGGUCCUCAGCACCCACCGGUCCUCAGCACCCACUGGUCCUCAGCACCCAUCGAUCCUCGGCACCCAUCCACACUCAGCACCCACCGGUCCUCAGCACCCAUCGAUCCUCAGCACCCAUCCACACUCAGCACCCAUCGAUCCUCAGCACCCAUCGAUCCUCAGCACCCAUCGAUCCUCAGCACCCAUCAGUCCUCAGCACCCAUUGAUCCUCAGCACCCAUCCACACUCAGCACCCAUCCACACUCAGCACCCAUCCACACUCAGCACCCAUCAGUCCUCAGCACCCAUCGAUCCUCAGCACCCAUCGACUCUCAGCACCCAUCGAUCCUCAGCACCCAUCGACUCUCAGCACCCAUCGAUCCUCAGCACCCAUCGAUCCUCAGCAUCCAUCGACUCUCAGCACCCAUCGAUCCUCAGCACCCAUCGAUCCUCAGCACCCAUCGACUCAUAUCAUCGGCUACAAGAAAGCAGGGGGGGGGACGAGCUGGAGGAGAAAUCCAUCACACCCAACACGCUCUCCUGUCAGGAUCAGUGCUACGCCGCCGUAUCUGACCUCUGCUCGAGGUUGAGAGGUUGUGUCGGGGUCGCCUCGGGAAUCCUGUUUCUGAUCGUUCUGGGAUGUUUGAUUCUGGCCAUACUGACGACGUUCAGGGAACACGAGAAGGUGUCUGCACACUGGCUGGUCAUACUGUGCGAUUUCCCCAUACAGGAAACGUUCGCCAUCUUCAUCUUCGGAGCGGAGUUUGGACUGAGAGUCUGGGCUGCAGGAUGCUGCUGUCGCUACAAAGGAUGGAGGGGGAGGCUGAAGUUCGCUCGCAAACCUCUCUGCAUCCUGGACAUCUUUGUUCUGAUUGCCUCGGUGCCGGUGGUGGCCGUGCGUAACCAGGGCAAUGUGUUGGCCACUUCCCUGCGCAGCCUGCGCUUCCUGCAGAUCCUGCGCAUGCUGCGUAUGGACCGGAGAGGAGGAACCUGGAAGCUGCUGGGCUCCGCCAUCUACGCUCACAGCAAGGAGCUGAUCACUGCCUGGUACAUCGGCUUCCUCUCUCUGAUCCUGGCGUCUUUCCUGGUCUACCUGGUGGAGAAGGACGACAUAUCCAUGGACGUGUCCAACCACGAUAAUCCCACGGCUCAGCCCAAAACGCAGGACUUCGACACCUACGCCGACGCACUGUGGUGGGGGCUGAUCACUCUGACCACCAUCGGAUACGGGGACAAAACCCCAAAGACCUGGGCUGGGAGACUGUUAGCCGGCACUUUUGCUCUGAUUGGAGUGUCUUUCUUCGCCUUGCCUGCAGGCAUCCUGGGUUCAGGUCUGGCUCUGAAAGUCCAGGAGCAGCACAGGCAGAAGCACUUUGAGAAGCGCAGACAUCCAGCCGCCGGGCUCAUCCAGUCUGCCUGGAGAUAUUAUUCCACCAAUCCAAUCAGGGACGACCUCAUUGCCACGUGGAGAUUUUAUGAAACUAUCAUCUCUCUUCCCUGUUUCAGGAAAGAUCACUUGGAGGCCAUCGCGAGCCAAAAAAUGAGUUUACUAGAACGUGUACGCCUUCCCAAUGCACGGACAUCAGUGGGGACGGUGAAGAAGCUCACAGGCAACGCCGACGCCAUCGAGGAAAGUCCGUCGAAGGAGCCCAAACCAGCUGGUUUCAGCAAUCGGGAACGCUUCCGCACUGCCUUUCGCAUGAAGGCCCACACACUCCGCCAGAGCUCCGAAGAUUCUGGAGCCCUGGCAGAACCUGCCUUAGAGGAGCGGGGAUUCCCACCAGACAUCCUCAUGGAGGAGAUGAUCCCCACGCUGAAACUGGUCAUCAGGGCAGUCAGGAUCAUGCAAUUCCUCUUAAACAAGAAGCGUUUCAAGGAGACUCUGAGGCCUUAUGAUGUCAAAGAUGUGAUAGAGCAGUACUCUGCUGGACACCUGGACAUGCUCUGUAGAAUAAAAUACCUCCAGACAAGGAUUGACAUGAUACUCGCCCCUGGAGCCCCACUCACCCCCAAACAGAAGAAAAAUCCGAAACCGCCGUUUACCUACCCAUCCAGUCAGUCACCCAGGCAUGAGACCUACCUAGCCAAAGCAGCCUCUAUGCCAGAUGCGGAAGACCAAAGCAUGAUGGGUAGAUUUGUCAGAGUGGAGAGACAGGUGGAGGACAUGGAGAAGAAGUUGGACUUCCUGGUGGAUAUGCACAUCCAGCACACUGAGCACCUACAGGUGGAUUCUAAUGGCGCAGCUCGAAUGACCCUGGAGACCUGUGACCCUACGGGGAACGGUGAGAUCCGUCGGGUUUUCUUGAACUACUCUGAGGCAUUCCCGCACAUGUCGUACCAGAUGCCUGUCAGCAAGGUGAAUCCAUAUCAUGGCAGAGGAAGAGGCAGUGUGGAUGGAACAGGAUUUGCUGGUGGAAGCAAUGUUCCUUCAGACCAUCAACCGCCAACGUCACACCUCCACCAACGCCACCCUCCAGCUGCCAUUCCCACCUACACCGAGCGUCCCACAGUGCUGCCCAUCAGUUCCCUGCAUGACUUGUCAGUGGGGCCAGGCAGGACCACAGGGGGGCGGGGGGCUGACUCGCCGCUCUCCAUGCUAUCGGUGAACCACGAGGAACUGGAGCGCUCGCCAAGCGGGUUCAGUAUCUCUGGGGAACGGGAGGGGGAGGAAGGGGAAGACUUGUCAAUGGGGGCUAGGCCAGGUACUGGUGACACCAGCUGGACAAGACCCAGACCGAGCUACCUAGCGGAGGGGGAGACAGACACGGACACAGACCCAUUUACGCCCAGUGGAGGGCCCCUGCCUCUUUCCUCCACAGGGGAGGGAUUUGGUGACGCUGUGUGGACCACGCCGCCCUGAGAGGUGAUUGGGUGACCGCAUAGAAAUCCACAACUCUUCGAUAUGACCUUAUGUUCAACCCAUGCCUCUAAACCCAAACCAGCUUGGGUCAAAGCCACACCUCUGGACCAAACCACAAGGAGGAAAGGUGGGUCUGCUGUAGUCCACCAUGAUGCUGCAAGGUUGUGAAGAGGUCACUGAGCUUCAGAGGCAACCACUGAUCUCAUCAACCGACCGCUGUUCAGACAGAGAGCCAUGGCAUUGUGACUGCCCAGAAACAGACAGUUUGUAAAGUAAAACUCUGUACAGCGCACUCUUCGCAAAAAUUUAGCAAAACGUAAAAGGAACAUUAUUAUACAUACUAUAUACACCCAAAAGCUUUAUUGCUGCAAAGCCAACCGCACUGCAUGUAACGCAUGCGACUUCUAGUGUAGACACUGCAAAGUUCAGGAUAUCAGGAAACAGAAAAAGCGAUUGAAUGGAUACAUAUACUUGCUAUGCCAUUUUGUAACACUUAUUUUUUUAUAUGAAUACAUUUUCAUUGUUUUUUGCAUGGUUUGCAUGAUAAUGCACCAUUCUAGAGCAAGGUUUGGAGGAUGAUACUGGAAACCAAAAGUCUCCUGUCUCGUUGUUUUGUUUGUCACAUGGCGAGUGUGUUUCUGUGUGCGUGCGAGAUUGUGAUUGUGAGAGAGAAAAUUGGGAGUUGGGUAACAAAACACUGGUUUAGUUGGUGGCAGUCGUGUUUCACCAUUUCUGCUUUCCUGACAUAGUUUGCUGUGAAUCCUUUGAGGAUCAGUUCUGUCAAGAAGCCGGGACUUUUGAUCCCUUCACUUUGUUUUCACACCACUGUGCUUUGAGUUGUAUGUCACCACUCUGUGCUGCAAAUUCUACAGUAAAAAAAAAGAAAAAUCACAGAUUUUACAGAAACACUAAAUCUCUGCUGCUUUGUUGGCACAUGAAUUCAGGGAUAUAAACCACCUGUAUUGAUUUCACCGCUUAAAUACUAUCAGACGAUACAAGGACUCAUAAUCAAAGCAUUAAAGCUGAAUUCCUACAAAACCACCAAACAGUAUAACUAUUUUGUUCACAUACUUUAUUCGAAUCAAACAACCCCAAAAAAUCAGCAUUUUAAUAUAGACCGCUGGUUUACCUUGUUGACCACCAUUACUGCAGCGAUCAAUGAAGAGAAAAACUACUAUCCAAUGUCAAGAGGUUCUUAGAAACAAAAGCCAAUGACAAGAGAAACAUCUUAAAACAACAUUUUUAACUUUUACUUUAAAGGUUAGCGCCUCGUUUCCACUUACGUAUGUACAGUAUACAGAGGUGAAUCAACCGGGAGUCCAUGCAUUCCAAUGGAACUCUCCGGGAUAUCCGAUGAGCCUGGGAAACUCCCCUUCGUAAUAUUUGGUCCUGGAAGUACGUUAAUUUUUUUCAACUUUUGAGCCAGAUUUCAGAGACUGUAUGGCACUUUGCUAACUAGCUAAAAGGCUAUUUCCUUAGAUUCAGUUGGCAAUGGUAAAUGUCCAUAAGUUUGUAUGAUUAACAAUAAAUUGUUAAUCUAGUUUUAACACAAUGUGAACCUGAGUAAUGUUAUUUUGUUAAUAUAUUGUUCUGCUCAGUUCAAUAUUCUUGAAAAGCAUGGUUGGAUGGCGCAACAGGAAUAUUAGCCUCUUGUCCACAGCUUCAGGUAGUUUCGGGUUUCUACCAUCUGUAAAGAAAUGCACUUCCUCUUUUUGGACACCAGCAGGUAUCAUCCAUCUAUCUAGAUACUAGUCCCAUACGUAAGUGGAAAUGAGGCGCAAACAUGUAGUCUUAUAUUGCCUUCACAUUAAGCUUCUAAAAGUCUACCUAUUCUUACAUCGUUUUCAGAGAUCUGAUGUUUUCUCACAAUAACGUCCAGAAUUUGGCCCCCUCUUUAAGUCUCUAAAGAAAUCAUUUUUUAAGAUGCUUCACAACAUUAUAAGCAACAUUCUCAAGUAAGAUUUUGCACUAUUUGCACUGAAAUUGAGUUUACCAGAUAUAUAUUGUAAAAUAAACGGAGCCAUCCAAACUAUUUAUUUACCUGCAGAAUACGAAAGUUUAAAUUUUAUACUUCCUUCGGUGAUCUGAAAUUUAAAUAAAGUUAGGGAGUAUGUCGCUCAGAUUUGAAGGCAGGAAUGCCAACACCAGGCCACACUAUCAUAGCUCUGAUGAAUCGACAAGAAUUAAUUUCAAAGAACAUUUACCCAGUAAAUCACUCGUCUGAGACUACAUCCACACGACUUUAUUUUCAUUUUAAAACAGUUACUAAGAAACAUUCUUACAUUUUCCAAAAACUCGAGUCAGAGGAUAAUGUAGGCAUGACAGAAAAUAUGAAAAUAACUAAAUAAAUGUGGUUGUCUGCCUCCAGACGCAAACCUGGACAUUUGAAAGGAUAAACCGUGUAGGCAGCGUCAAACAAACUAUGUUUUUAAGGGGCCCGAAUACUCUAGGGCAGUGGUUCCCAAAGUGGGGGUUGGUACCCCCUGGGGGGUUGCAAGACACUGAGAGGGGGGUCAUGAGAUUCGAUCCUAAAAGGCAUAUUUUUCCCAUUAUUGUGAAAAUAUAAGAGAUUAUUUGUUCUGCUUCUCGUGUUUUUCUACAAUAAAUUACUAAAAUAUUACUACAGUGUUUAGGCCCCAGUCUCUACCACCUUAUGUUGGGGGUCGUAGGGAACCACUGCUCUAGGGUACUGUGGUAGCUUUGUGUUAAUCUUGCAAAAAAAAUUAAUGCUAUGAAAUGAAAACAUGUUAGUGUGACUGUAGCCUCAGACUGUUGCCUUCAAUGCAAUAUUAAGAUAGCACUCUGAAGUUUUCCCGAAACGUUGACUCAACGUUUUUAAUAUAGCACAAGAGCCUACACCAAUAGGGGCGUAAAGUUUACUUAAAUUAAGCCCUUUCAUCGACUAUCUGUUAACAGGAUCCUUCAAUCGUAAGACCGUUUAAAAUGUAUCAUCAGCUCUGCCUUUUCAAUUUGAUUUACUUCUCACAAAAUCCAAACUACUGUACAGGUUACAAUUGCACUGCAACUUGAAUGUUCAACUAUGACGACAAACACACACUGUAAGCAACAACAGCACACACUGGAGAGGCCGACGGACAUACCCAUAAAGGAAUUCAAGUUGGACAUUCAAACGUAUUUUCAACGAGAACUAUUUAUCGCAUCAAAAGGAGCUUUACGGAAGAUCACUAAAAGGCCUAAAGAGCAUUUACUACUUUAGAUUUAGGACAACACAGAUACUGAAUGUACUAUUUGACAACAAACUGUAUCUACACACGAGUUUUUAAACACUUAUAGCAUGUCAACACACCUUCAGAGAGAGAGUAAGGCAGGUUUUAGGAGGUGGGCUUCCACACCAGGCUUCACAGUAACUUGUUUGUUGGGUUACAUGUUACACCAACGUUCUUUUCAUUUCUGUCACCAUGACAACUUAUCGCUGUUUUUUGCCCCCAUUU